AUGUUCCCCUUCGAUUCGUUAUCGUGUGAGAUCGUACUGGAGAGCUACUCGUUUAAUACGGACGAAGUACGGUUGCUUUGGCACGACGUUCCUAUAACAAUGAUGGAAAAAGUCGAAUUACCCGAUUUUGACCUAAUCGGUUGGUCAACCGAUCAUCAGCGACUGGAAUACCCGAACGGUAUCUGGGAUCGAGCAAAGGUGAAAUUUACUUUUGCUCGACGUUACGGCUUCUAUCUCUUUCAAUCGUAUUUCCCCACAUCGUUGACGGUUAUCAGUUCGUGGGUCGGUUUCUUCUUCGACGUUCGAUCUGUGUCAGCAAGGUAG